GCUGCUGCACACAGCGUUAUAUAUCUCGCCUCAUCUGGUCCCCUUGACUGUCUCCUUCACAGCGGGCUCGCAGGCAGACACAGCUGACUUUCACCAGAGCUGGUCGCUGUCCUUGCAGUACGAGGGUAAACAGGAGACCUUGCAAUGAUCUCGCUGGACUUCAAUUUCAAUAUUUUAACUAGGGACCUAUCACAUUAUCUGGAAAAUCAAGUGAAAGUUGGGCUUUUCGGAUCGGGGGUAGGACUGUCUCUGGUUCUGGGCUUUAGCGCAGCGUACACCUGCUAUUAUUUGCUCUCGGUAGCAAAGAAGCCACAACUCAUCUCUGGGGGCAAAAAGUUCUACCACUUUCUGAGGGAGCAAUGUCCGGUAGUGUCAGAGACCUAUUACCCCACCUUUUGGUGCUGGGAAAGCCGCAUCCAGACUUUACUGAGACCGUUUGUCACGGCCAAACCGGGGGUUGUCUACAGAAAUGAGCUUAUUAAGGCAGCAGAUGGAGGACAGAUCUCUUUGGAUUGGUUUGAUAACGAUGACAGCCUCUCUCAUCCCGACCCUGCCACCAGGCCCACGGUCCUCCUUCUCCCCGGGCUGACCGGCACCAGCCGAGAGUCCUACAUCCUGCACAUGGUCCAGCAGAGCCGGGAUCUGGGCUAUAGAUGCGUGGUAUUCAACAACAGAGGGGUUUCCGGUGAGACACUGCUGACGCCGAGGACAUACUGUGCAGCCAACACCGAGGAUCUAGAGACUGUUAUUGAGCACAUCCAGAGGACGAAUGAAGCUGCUCCGAUCAUGGCUGCUGGAGUAUCUAUGGGCGGGAUGAUGCUGGCCAACUACUUGGGGCGCAAAGGCCGGAAGACCUGUCUGAAAGGGGUGGUAGUCUUCUCAGCAGGCUGGGAUGUAUUUGAGUGCACCGCUUCACUAGAAAAACCCCUGGACCGCUUCCUCUUCAACUCUUACCUCACCAGCUGCCUACAAGCCUCUGUGGACAGACACAGACCAGUUCUUGAAAAGUGUUACGACAUCGAUCAUGUCAUGAAGGCAAAGACCAUCCGAGAGUUUGACGAGAGGUUCACCUCCAUUAUGUUUGGUUAUUCCACCAAUGAUGACUACUACCUUGAUGCCAGUCCCGUCCACAGGCUGAAAUCUGUGCAGGUGCCAAUGCUGUGUCUGAAUGCUGCUGAUGAUGUCUUUUCACCGUCGCAUGCCAUUCCAGUGGAAGCCGUGAAGCAGAAUCCUAACCUGGCCCUGCUCAUUACCUGUCAUGGCGGCCAUAUCGGUUUCCUCGAGGGCGUGUGGCCUCGACGGAGCACUUACAUGGACCGAGUCUUCAAGCAGUUUGCCAAGGCGGUUAUUGAACAAGGCAUCGGACUCCAAGACCUGUCUUGUUGAGAGAUCUGAACAAAGUGUUCCUUUAGUUGUACUUCCUCUCUCGUAUACCUUACUUUCCUUCCUUCCUUCCUUCCU